AUGGAUGUCCUCCUAGCGAAACCCGAAAGCGUUGCCGUUGCCCGAGAUCCCAAAGCUGACCGCGGAACAGGUGACCCAACAGGCGAUGAGCUAUGCCAUUCGCAGUGGCAUAGCAAUAACCAGCACUUACGCCCUGAAACAAUGCGGACGAUUGAUGAAAGUGAGUACAAAUCCAGCGACAUCACGUCACCUCCACCUCCACCUCCAUUAGUCGCGCUGUUGGAUCCCCGACAAGAGCAAGAGCAGGAAAAGAGCAAGAUGACCGUGGAUGGCCGCGAGAAGGAAGAGUUGGCUACUUUGCAGCUGCGACUCGACUCAAAAAUCAAGAUUGUCUCGCCGGCUAUUGACAUGAUUGAGCUGAUUGCUGCUCGUGGAAACACAUCUCUUGAAUCAGCUGUUACACUCACAAAGUCUCUUCGAUGGGACAUCCAAACCCUUGGUAGCCGUGUUGAGAAGGCCGUGAUAGAGGAGCAGCUUUCUCGAAGAGGCAGCUCAAAGGCCAGGUCACGCGCGCAGAACGACAUCGAACUCAACGUCAUCAUUUCAGAGAUGAAGAAACUUCUGGAGCGCAUCGAAGACGCUGUACCCCUCAUCAACUUAGCUAUCACCACCUCUGGCGUCAGUCUGUCUACGACACUACCAGCUACCGUAUCACCAUCACGGCUGCUACAAGCUAGUACCUUCCUCACUGCUGGCGACAUGCAGUAUUGCUCUUCGAGGCCCAGGUCACAGCAGAUAGGACCAACUUUUACACUCUCCAUGUACAUGUUAUUCGCCGGCCAUGCGAACCGACCACAUGAGGAAGGACUUCGUGACACCACGUGGAAGGAGGUUAUGCACAAGGCACGUGUGACGCUUCUGAGAGUGCCGCUCGAUACUGUUUACGACUUUCCUACGCCGUUCGGGCCCACAUCGAGCCGAACUGAUGAAGCCAAUCAUCGACAGGUUCCCUCCGAUAACAAGCUUCAGGAAUUCGCGUACCAGCUACUGAUUGUCGAAGACUUGGGACGACGGCCACAGAGCUUGAAGAUCAACUCCGCAGGGAGUCUCACCCCCGGCUUGCAAGAGCAGCCAGUAGAACCCGAGCAGCCUACUUUCCCGUGGCGUCUCCCGCCGACGCUCGAUCUCGAAUGGAUGGCAUUUGAAGUCUACACCGAAGACCCAUCUUCAGACUCAGAGCUGGACGACACUGAAGAUCUAGAAGCAGAACUGUCAUCCCCAACACACGGAUCAGGUCCGGAUCCCUCAGGUGUCCUAGCCGGUCUCUCAAACCUAAACCUACGUCCGUCUACUCCGUCGAUGUCCCCACCACCAUCGCAAAACACCCAACUCGUCCCCUCCCCCCAGAAGCCCUCCGCUCCCGCCCCACGCUACGAAACCCAUGCGCGUACCACCCUCCCACCCAUAAAAACCUCCCUCUCCCUCCUCGAAAUGCUCGUCCGCCUCACCGCACUCCAGCAAUUCCAGCAGUCCUCCCACCUCGCUAUCCCAGACGAGUUCCUCAACUUCUUCCUAUCUGAUAGUAGCACCGUGGGCGCAGGGAAGUGA